UUCAGUAGUAGAGAGUCGCGCGGGCAGGCAACACGUGCGCAGCCUCCGACGACCGCUGAGUCAUCCGGCGCGGACGCGGUAAUACCUGUGACGAGCCGGACAACGGCUCGGGGACUUACGCCACAAGACAACUCCGAACCGGCGGCGUUGACGCAACGCGCGGGAAAUAUCUGAAUUAAUUAACGCUCAGCUGAUGUUGACAGCGGCUGAGAUGGUGACCUCCGACAUACGCCGCUUCUGAGAAAACAACCGGAACUAUUAAUCUGGAUGCCUGCGCACAAUUCGGACAGUUUCGCGCUAAACUUUACCGUGACUCAUCUAAAAUGUCGAAAGUUAAGUUGAAGUUAUUCUUCAAGGUUUAAGUUUAAAACAAGAAAGGAAUUUUACAAAUAGACUCUAUUCUAGAAUGCAUAAAUAGACGUUUAUAUGUGUGCUAAUCGUUUAUUUAUUAACGUUGUUGUUGUGAAUGAAUGAUCAGUAUUAGUUUGUAAGUUGAACUUGCAACAUCAAAAACUUUUAAUAUAAGACAAUUGUUAAUUAAUAUUGAUGAGACUGAAUCAAAUAAGUAUCCAAAGAUCUCAAUAAAAUAAGUACUUAAAUUAAAAUAUUGAACAAAUAAGUCAAAGACUAAUAGAAUAGUUUUGGAAGAGUGCCAAGAAAAAAAAAUUCAAAUUGGGACUGAAUAGUUUUCGAACCAGACUACAGUGUAUCUCUAGGACUAUAUAGUGAGUGGUAUCUGAGUGAAGCUCGUGUGAUGUUGUGACCAUGCAUCUGCCGUACGAGUCGCGGGGGCGGCGCCGGCGCGAGAUGGAGCUGGAGCCCUGGUGGAUGCAGAACAUCAUCGAGGAGACCAGAGCGGAGCACCCGGACCUAGUACCAACCGGCAGUCCGGACUACAUGUGUUCGAUGCUGCCUCAACACUGGCGGUCAAACAAGACUUUGCCAGGCGGGUUCAAGGUGGUAGCCCUAGGAGAGGUGGGCGACGGUACCACAGUCACCGUAAUGGCCGGCAACGACGAAAACUGCUGCGCUGAGCUGAGGAACAACUCGGCCGUGAUGAAGAAUAGGGUUGCCAAGUUCAACGAUUUGAGGUUCGUCGGCAGAAGUGGGAGAGGCAAGAGUUUUUCAUUGACGAUAACAAUACUGACGAACCCACCCCAAGUAGCAACAUACCAAAAAGCCAUUAAGGUCACCGUGGACGGACCCCGGGAACCACGAUCCAAAACUAGUACAAAUGUGACCCACUCCCUCCGAAGUUUCGGCUGCCAUCGGACGCUGAUGAUCGACUCGGCCCUGCGAGGCAUGGAGUACAAGAGUCCCCCAGAGAGGAGCAUACGAGCCAUGUCGCACGACGAGAGGGAAUACAAAACCAACGCUAACCUGCCUACUGGUGAGAGUAGCGGCAACAUCCUAGGUGCCAGCGAGUGGAACACAGGCUACCCAUCCACCCCCACGGUGUACCCAGCAGCGUAUGGGUCCCUACAGCCGUCCUAUUACAAACCUGAACCUACGAUACACAUACCUUCAGUGAUACCAGAAAUCCCUCUAGGGCAUGCGGACUACGGGGGCUUCCAGACAUCACCAGCGGCCUUCAAAGGCAGUCCGAGCAGCACCGGCGCUUCGCUGACAGACCUCAACACCCCAGCGCCUAUGACGCCGCAGCGCUACGAUCCCAGCUACUACAAUAGCUGGUCAAACACCUACAACUACAAUAAUUACCAGUACAACAACUUAAAUAAUAACCCAUCUUGCCUCCAAUCCCACGCUCCUUAUAUCAACCCUAAUACACAGAUGAUUCUACCAAACCUCUAUUCCACAGUCAACCAAAACCAAAUACAUGUGCACCUCCACAGCUCAGGCGAUAAACAUAACCUAGAGCAGUACAUACCGAGUGAGAUUAAAAUUAGCGAUAUCGAUGGCGGAAUAUCGAUAACUACAGAGUUACAAGGCAGUGGGGAAGGAGCAGGCCUAGUGCAAACUUGCGAGUCAGGAGAAGAAGGCAAGCACGGCCUCUACGGAGCUGGUAACCAGGAAGUGUGGCGGCCCUAUUGACAGUACGCUAACCCUUACGAAGACAAUCAACAUUCCAUUGUACAUAUUGUGAUAUAGUUACGUCAUAGGUAUAAAGAUUUGUAUAGAAAUAUUAAUGUUAAACAUUAAUUAUCUACGUAGCCGUUAAUUGUUAAUAAUGCGUUAAUUAAAUUUAAAUUUGAGAAAUUAAAUUAAUUCACAAUU